AUGUGGCAUCCGAACAUCUUUGCAGACGGGCGAGUGUGCAUCUCCAUUCUCCAUCCUCCGGGCACCGACCGAUUCAACGACCAGGAGACGGCGGACGAGAGGUGGCGGCCGAUCCUCGGCGUGCACAGCAUCCUGAUCAGCGCCGGGAGCCCCGAAGUUUCCUUAGUUUCGGGGGGCCUUGGGGCGUCUUUCGGGGUAAUGGCUUUUUAG